UUUGGCCUUUUCCUAGUGUCAAGAAAGUACAAUAAAUGUACUGACCUUUCUGGAUUUACUGAAGCAGUGAUUGAACUUUGCCAAAGUAGGCAUUUUAUAACUGGGGAUAUAAUUACACAAGAUGCUCUUACCAAUGGUUGGUACAAUUAUGGACAUUUGGGAAUGGAAUUGAAAAAGAACUUGGCUACUGAAUGGUGGGACUCAAUGGUAUUGUCUAGAGAGCAAGUAUUUGGAGUGGCAACACCUCAUAAGUUAAUGGACUGCCAGAGUUCAGGUAACAGUUCCCUAAGGCUGAUAGAGACUCCAGCAUUGCAAGUUCCAUCAGGCAUCAAAGACUUGACGAAAGAAGAAAUCGUUGCUUUACUAGAUAAUGUAUUGAAGGAGAGCACUAUACUACGUCCUGAUCUCCUGAAAGGAGCUAUUCAAGAAUAUACUAGGUCUUUAACCCUUGUGAACAGGAAAUUACCAUUUGGUUUGGCUGAGAUUGGAGUGUGUUAUCAGCCGUUUCCUACUAGCAAGCACCCAACUGCAUAUAACAUAGUAAGAACAGGGGAGGUGGAUAUUGCAUCGUUAGUAUGGUUUAGUUCUCCUCGGACUUCAGGUCAAUGGCUAGACUACUGGAUACGGCAGCGUUUGCUCUGGUGGAGAAAGUUUGCCAAAAAUCCAUCCAAUUUUACGGCUGGUGAUUUCCAGGAUCAUGAUGGAACUAAAGGAGCAGCCCUGUACUUCAGUUUUCCAUGGGGGAUGGAACCAAUUGAGAAGUUGCUAAAUCUGGGAGACAAGCAACUUGUGCUUGAGCACCAUGGAAAUAAAACAAACUUAAAAGGUCGAGAUGGGAGGAAGACUGUCAUUCCACAUGUUCUGUCCAUAAGUGGGAAUCUGGACCGAGGAGCAUUAGCCCUUUUGUUUGAUUCACUGCAACUUACUAAGAAUGUUGAAUCAAAACACAAAUUCAACCAAAAGAAGGUGCUAAAACUUCAUCCAAGGUUAUCUCCAAUUAAAGUGGGUUUGGACAUGGGCAAGGGACCUACAGUUGAGUUGCGUCAGGUAUGUGAGGGGCUAUUCCGCAGUAUUUUAGAGAAAAGAAUCACAGUGUGGCCUGGCUAUCUGGAAACCAUGCACACAUCAUUGGAGCAACUAAUCAUGAAGUACGAUGAAAUGGGUGUAAUAUUCACAAUUGUCAUUAGUGACACCACACUGGAGAGUGGCUUAGUACAACUCAGGAACCGAGAUACUGCUGUUAAAGAACUGGCUCACAUUUCAGAAGUGAGAGAUUUCCUCACAAAGUACAUUCAAGAAUCUUGAAAAAUGGCUAUACAUUACCAGUAGUGUGUAUACAGAUAAAGGAAUAUGUGUACUCAUAAUUAACAAGACUUAUAAUAAUGUUGAUUUCUGAGUGUUGAGUAACUAAACUGAAGCUAUUUGAAUUUCAGUGAUGAGAUUGCAAAUGACCUUUCAGGAUCACUAACUGCGUUCCGACACUUGUAGCUGCUUUUUCUUACAGCCAACCAUCUGAGUUAUGCAAUAUUUAUUGCUAUUCAACCAAAGCUAGCUCCUGACAGGUCUCUCUUUAUAAUGUAGAUGACUCCAGUUUUUUUUUCUUACACUUAGCCUUCUUGUGUGAAUGAUGUUUAUGUCACACUCUUCAUGGUAUAGCAUGUUGAUGUUUGAGUUCACAUGGUGCAGUGUAUCAUUAUUUAACUUAAAUAUUCUAGUAAAUGUUCAUGUUAAGUCACAAACAUAAACUGACUGGAUGAUAAACCCCUGAUGAUAAUGAAUGUUAACACAUUUAUA